AUGGCCGAUGGUGGUCCGUCAGCAGUCAAGCUGGACAUCAUCAUCGUCGGGGCCGGAAUAAGCGGGCUCGCAACAGCAAUCUCGUCGGCUCUGUCGGGACACAAUGUCACCGUGUUUGAGUCUGCCAAGGAACUCCUUGAGGUCGGUGCAGGUCUCCAAGUAACGCCCAACUCAACACGCAUACUGCAAAAAUGGGGCCUGGCAGACCGUCUCUGGAAGUCAGCCGCAGAGCCAACGUCCUUGACCGUCCACCGGUACUCUGGCAAGGUUCUCGCCCACGAGGACCACUUCGACCGCAACAUGCGCGCCAAGUACGACGCCCCCUUCCUCGACAUGCACCGCGUCGACAUGCAGCGCGCCCUCGUCAGCCGGGCCGAGGAGCUGGGCGUGCAGUUCCGCCUCGGGGAGCCCAUCAGCACGGUGGACUUUGACGCCGCCGAGGUGACGACCAAGAGCGGCACACGGGCCCGCGGGGAUGUUGUUGUCGCCGCGGACGGGGUCUGGUCGCGGUGCCAGGCAUAUUUCCUCGGUGGCGAGGCGGAGGAGCGCAGGCCUCUGCCGACGGGGGACCUGGCGUACCGGUUGAUGCUGAGCCUGGAUGAUGCCGAGGGGGACGAGGAGCUGCAGCGCUGGAUCCGUGAGCCUACCGUGCACUUUUGGAUCGGGCCUGGGGCGCAUGCUGUGGGGUACUCGAUGCGGGCGGGCCAGCUGUAUAACCUUGUGCUGCUGGUGCCGGAUGAUCUGCCUGAGGGGGUGAGCAAGCAGAAGGGUAGUCUGGAGGAGAUGAAGGCGCUGUUUAAGGAGUGGGACCCGAUUCUGAAGAGGUUUCUGGAAAAGGUCGACACGGUGGAGAAGUGGCGGUUGAUGCACAGAGAGGCGCUUCCGUCGUGGGUGAACGACAAGGGAAACUUUGCUUUUGUGGGCGAUUCGUGUCACCCAAUGCUGCCAUAUUUAGCACAAGGAGCCAACUCUGCAGUGGAAGACGGUGCAGUCCUGGGCCAACUACUGGGGCAUAUUCAGUCCAAGGAUCAAAUACCUAAGGCUUUGAAGAUGUAUGAGAAGCUCAGAAAAGUACGAGGCGAGGCUAUUGUUCGGGAGACGUUCAAACAGCGACAUGACUUCCACAUGCUUGAUGGUCCAGAACAAGAGGAACGGGAUGCCUUAUUCCUCUCAAUGCUGGGCAAGGAGCUCAAGGGUCCGUUCCCCAGCAGGUGGACAUGCCCAGAGGUCCAGCCAUGGUUAUAUGGUUACGACGCAUCCAGAGAAGUGGAAGAGGCGGUGCGAUGUGAUCCCUUCUGA